UUCUCCCUUUCUCCCUUUCUUUCUUUCAGUCAGAAAAUUCACCCAAACCCAACCACAAAACCCUAGCACUGUAAGCCUACACCACCGCCACAAGGAGUGGCAUACUGCCGCCGUCCGUCGCACUCAAAGUUCGCCAUCCGUCGCACUCAAAGUUCGCCAUCCGUCAUCUAGCUUCCCUCGUGCUCCAAAUCUUCAACCCCUGUUCGCUGUCACCGAUCGCGGUUGCUUCCUCGAGCUCGGCGUCCGUCGUCUUUGUCUGCUCAGCCGCGCUUCCGUUGCCGUUUGUUUGCCGUUCACGUUCGCGUCUUCGUUCGCGUUCUUCGCCAUUCGCGUUCGCUCGGCGUUCACCGUUCGCGUUCACUCGCUGUUCACCGUUCGAGUUCGCGCGCGCUCCACUCAGCCGUCGAACUGCUCUCUUUUGUCCCCGCCCAAGUCAGCAACAUUCCUUGAAGACUAAAGGCUCCUCUUGGCAGCACAGAUUUACUUGCAGGUUAUAUUAUAUAUAUACUCAGCAUUUAGCAGGUUGUUGAAAUUAUGGCCAAGCAUCAUCCUGAUUUGAUUAUGUGCCGGAAACAGCCUGGAAUUGCCAUUGGAAGACUUUGUGAGAAAUGCGACGGCAAGUGUGUCAUAUGCGACUCUUAUGUGCGUCCUUGUACACUUGUCCGGGUUUGUGAUGAAUGCAACUAUGGAUCAUUUCAAGGUCGCUGCGUAAUAUGUGGAGGGGUAGGGAUAUCUGAUGCCUACUACUGCAAGGAAUGCACACAGCAAGAGAAAGAUAGGGAUGGCUGCCCCAAAAUUGUUAAUUUAGGGAGUGCCAAAACCGAUCUAUUCUAUGAACGCAAAAAGUAUGGCUUUAAGAAACGAUGAUGGGUGUGUAAUUCUUUUUUUUCCUCCCAAUAUUUGUAUCUUUUUCCUAAACUUAUGUUCCAGGCUUAACGCUUAAUCAUAUAUCAUAAAUUCAUAACCAUGGGAUUUGAGAGCUUGAGCACAGACUAUUAUGUUGCAAAAUUGUUUGUAAUGUAAGUGCAUGACUAGUGUACCACUCACGGAUCACACAAUACAAUUGUUGGGAAUUUAAACUCUGUUAGGUGCAAUCUUGUGACUUGUCAGCAUCUCUGAAGAUUACUCUGGAAAAGUAUUCCAUGAUUAGUAAUAUGUUUUACAUUUUUCAAUAUUGUAAUAUUAUGUCUUUAUCUGUAAUCACAUAAGUCCAACAAGAGCUGUAGUGUUUGAUGACCAUAUAAUGCUCAUGUUUUUAUUUCUUAA